CAGAAUUUGAUGGUUUGGAGAUGAAAUUGAUGGAUAAGAAUUUAGGGUUAGUGGAGGUUCAGAAACUUGAAGGUCACACCGAUCGUGUUUGGAACGUCGCCUGGAAUCCCGCCGCCGACGGUGUUCUUGCCUCCUGCAGUGCCGAUAAGACCGUACGAAUCUGGGAGCAGAGCUCGCUUACUCGUUCCUGGACCUGCAAGGCAGUUUUGGAAGGCACGCACACAAGAACUGUCAAGUCGUUAGCUUGGUCACCGUCUGGGAAGUUAUUGGCCACUGCAAGUUUCGAUGGCACUACUUGCGUUUGGGAAAAUUUUGCUACUGACUCCGAGUCUGUCUCCGUUUUACAGGUACAUGAAAGCGAAGUCAAAAGUGUAUCAUGGAAUGCAUCUGGUUCGUUGCUUGCAACUUGUGGUAGAGACAAGUCUGUCUGGAUUUGGGAAGUACUCCCGGAGAAUGAAUUUGAGUGUGCUGCAGUGUUAACUGGUCAUUCAGAAGAUGUUAAGAUGGUCCUGUGGCAUCCCACCAUGGAUGUUUUGUUCUCUUGCAGUUAUGAUAACACUAUCAAGAUUUGGUCUGAGGAUGAAGAUGGUGAUUAUAAUUGUGUCCAAACCUUAGGUGAACUUAACAAUGGUCAUUCUUCUACCGUCUGGAGUAUCUCCUUUAAUGCUGCAGGGGACAAGAUGGUCACUUGUAGUGAUGAUCUAACAGUGAAAAUAUGGGAGACAGAUAUUUCAAUGAUGCAAUUUGGUGAAGGAUAUGUACCCUGGACCCAUGUUUGUACACUCUCUGGUUUUCACGAUCGUACCAUAUAUUCAGUUCAUUGGUCAAGGGAUGGUGUUAUUGCUAGUGGAGCAGGCGAUGAUACUAUACAGUUAUUUGUGGACAGCAACAGUGACUCUGUUGAUAGACCUUCAUACAAACUCUUGCUUAAGAAGGAGAAAGCACAUGAAAAGGAUAUAAAUUCAGUCCAAUGGGCACCUGAUAGAUCAAGCUCUCUCACUGUCGGAGAGCAAAUCUGCGCCGUAUUCAUACCUUUCUUUGCCAUUAUUGAUGUCCUCAUUUCCUCCGUCGGACAAUGCUUCGAUUGCCGGACCACAUCGCCUCGUUCAUGUCAGCAUGCGGAUCUGGAACGUCUUGCUCGUGAAUCUCGAUUUUCAGUCAAUGAAGUUGAAGCUUUAUAUGAGCUAUUCAAGAAAUUGAGCUGUUCAAUUAUUGAUGACGGCUUGAUUCACAAGGAAGAGCUUCGAUUGGCGCUUUUCCAAGCUCCAUAUGGUGAGAACCUCUUUCUCGAUAGGGUUUUUGAUUUGUUUGAUGAAAAGAAGAAUGGGGUUAUUGAGUUUGAAGAAUUCAUCCAUGCACUCAGUGUUUUUCAUCCCUAUGCACCAAUCGAGGAGAAGAUCGACUUUGCAUUUAGGCUCUAUGAUCUAAGACAAACCGGAUUUAUUGAGCGAGAAGAGGUGCAACAAAUGGUUUCUGCUAUUUUGAUGGAAUCUGAUAUGAUGUUGUCCGAUGAACUUCUGACCAUGAUUAUUGAUAAAACAUUUGCUGAUGCAGAUUCCGACAAAGACGGUAAAAUUAACAAGGAGGAGUGGAAGGCGUAUGUGCUUAAGCAUCCUAGCUUGUUGAAGAAUAUGACUCUUCCUUACCUAAAGGAUGUGACGACAGCAUUCCCAAGUUUUAUAUUCAACACUGAGGUUGAAGACUGAGGCAGAACCGUGUCCAUGGAACACCCGUUAUCUUUUUUCUGCUUGGUUCUGUAAUCCUAGUGAGAUUGUCAUGGCGCAAUAGGAUAUAUGGGCUAGUAUUCCUUAUUGUAUUCUAAUUUAGUUGGUGAUUAUUAGCUGUAAGUAAAAUUGUCAAGGAUUUAGCUAUGUUUUGAUGAGUUUAUUGUAGAUUCUUCCAUUGAAAGUAAUGAAGCAUUUUUCUUUUA